AUGGAUCGAGGUGAAGCAGCCAUGGUUGCUGUCGCCUCCAGUAAACGCCGUUACAUGAGCAAAUCCCAGCGAGCCUGUGAUUUCUGUCGUUCACGCAAAGUUGCCUGUCGAAUUGAUGCGGCCUUGCCAUGUAAACUUUGCAGGUCUUACAAUCGACUGUGUACCUUUGACGAACCCGCAAAACCACGGAAGAAGACUCCAGCGACAUCUCAACCGGGAGACGCUCCAAGCGCCGCCGGGGUUGCCUGUGAUGCUGUGUCAAGUCUCCAGCAUGACUUUGGUGCUCGCGAAGAUACGACAAUGCCUCUGGACUUGGAUAAUUUUGACGAUAGUAUUGACAUCUUUGCUCAGUUGGACGCUUUCACUCCCCAAGAAGAUCCAUUCGCCACUACCGCGGUGAUGGCUGGAUUGGACAGGUGGCCUACGCCCUUCCGGAUUGACGCGGCUGAUAACGAGAACACACGCAGUACUGCAGCGAUGACGGUCGGGACCAGCAUGUCGUCCCCUUCCGAGUCUGAGAAGACUUCCAUCCCGGCAAACGCAGCCAGUCAAUUAUGUGGUCUCACGGGCGACAUGGACCCCUCCAAUUUAUGUCAAUAUCGAUACGAUACCCACAACGUUUACUAUUUCAAGCGACUUGCUAUACACUCCGUCUUCGAUGGUAUUCAUCCCAUCUCAUUCGUGGUCUCCUUGGACCGCUCCUCCCCGAAGGUCGAAGACAAAGAGAGAGCCGAACUCAAUAGGAUAGUCGAUCCACAAAUCGGGAUACGGUUGAUUGAGCUAUUUUAUCAAUUCAUCUUCCCCCAAUUCCCUAUCCUCAGAACCACUAGCAAACCCACACCCACUGAAAGCCCUCCACAUCUGCUCGCUGCCAUCUAUCUGCUCGCGCAACGAUUUUCCGGCUUUGACGAUUAUCUAUGCAUCCAGAUAGUAUAUGAGACCUUUCCCAGCAAGCAACUGGCGGGGAUGGCGACAGCGGCACUGCAUCGAGACUCCAACGAGCCAACCUUGGCACACGUUCAGACGGCGCUUCUCAUCCUCUUAGCACCUCCAGAGAAUUUGCUUAUGCCUGAAACUGCCGCUAGAUGGGCUCUGCACGGGACGUUAGUCGCCAUGGCUCAAGGUUUAGGCUUGUUUCACGAUCCAAGUGAAUGGACAUUAUCACAUGAGGAGAUCAUAUUGCGAAGGAUUCUAUCUUGGGCUGUUCGCUGUGUGGAUGCUUGGCUCGCCGCCGCUUUGGGCCGAAUUCCUCUGAUCGACGAGUCGAAUUGGAUGGUACCUCCGCCUCAUGCGGCAGACUUCGAAGAAUCUGAGCUCGCUCUCGGUGUCUGUGAGGUCUUUAUACCGCUAGUGCAACUGAGCCAGAUUUUGACCUCAGUGCUGGCCAACCUCUUCUCCCUUCGUGCAGUACAAGCACUGGCCGUGGACUUCCGUCUCACGCUGCGGACGGCUCACCCUCUUAUGGACCAGGUUACGCGUUGGUACCAGGACUAUCAACAGGUUCAUCUACCUACCUCAAUGCACGAUGUUGACUCGUCCGGCAUAUUGCAUCUGGGCUACCAUGCCAUCAAGAUCAUGAUCCUAAGAGCCAUCUAUCGACCCUUUCAGAACCUGGAACGAGGACAUAUUGCUCACAGCACCGACACUGUUGCAGAGAAAGAGGCGUUUUUGCGCUGGCGGACGGCUGCUUCACGCGCUCUUGCUGCCAGCACAGCCUUCACCUCUGCACUAGAUCACACCCGUGUGCACGCAUUUUGGCCAUUCUGGUCAGCGCUCUCAUGGUCCACCAUAGGCCAACUUGCAGUCCUGCUGCUAGUGAUAUCGGAAUCGGAAGGAGAAGCGUUGCAGUCCAAGGCUGCUCUAGACAUCACUCGACAAUCUCUCCGUCUUCAGUCAAAAUCAUUUGAUAUAUUACGCUUCCCACUACUUCGCCUUGACAGCUUUCAUUGGAAGGGUUUUGGCAAUAUCUUUAAUCUCCCUCCGGCGACGCCCCCUCCAAACCCAUUCGAAACCUAUUUCAUGCUGGAAGCUCACGCCUCACUCCUGGAUGCCUAG